AUGUCCCACUUCUGCUGCAUCUCCGGCGAGCCACCACAGGACCCCGUCAUCUCCGUCAAGUCCGGCCACUUGUACGAGCGGCGGCUGAUUGUCAAGUACAUCAACGAGAAUGGGACGGACCCAAUCACGGGGGACAAGCUGGAGGAGUCGGACCUCAUCACGGUCAAAGCUAACCCAAAAGCCGCACCCCCGCGGCCCCCAAAUGCGACCUCCAUCCCCGCGCUCCUCCAGAUGCUCCAAAACGAGUGGGACGCGGCCAUGCUGGAGACUUUCGCUCUGCGCCAGCAGUACAACUCCCUCCGACAGGAGCUGAGCUAUGCCCUGUAUGCACAGGACGCGGCGCAACGCGUCGUGGCGCGUCUCAUCAAGGAGCGCGACGCAGCACGAGAAGCGCUUGGUAGUGUCGCUGCUACCAUGAAUGUGGAGGCCCCCUCAGCGGGUGGAGACGUUGAGAUGGGUGACGGUGCCCAGGAGGCUGGAGGCCUGCCUGCAGAGACCCUAAAGAUUAUCGACGAGACGCACCAGGCGCUUUCGGCGACGCGCAAAAAGCGCAAAGUUCCUGCUGGGUACGCUACUCCUGCCGCUGUCAAGGGGUACGCCGCGAAGCACACUAUCCCCACCCUCCACUCCCCCUCCCCCUCUGGUAUUACCUCAAUCGCCCUCUCGACCACGAACCCGUCCCAGUUCCUUACUGGCGGCAACGACAAAAUCGUCCAGCUGUACGACAGGGACACGGAUAAGGUCCUCGCUUCGCUCAAGGGUCACACCAAGAAGGUCACGCACGUCGCGCUACGUGAACGCGAAGGCGAGCCCACUUUCGUGCUUUCCGCCAGUGCGGACAAGAUCGCAAAGGCGUGGGCACACGACGAGGCCUCGGGCGAAUACAUCCCCAAAGCCACGAUCCGCACACACAAGGGCGAGCUCACCGGGCUCGCGGUGCACCCGUCCGGGACUCUCCUCGCGCUCUCCUCGCUCGAUCGCACCUGGUCGGUGCACGACCUCGCCGGCUUCGACCAGGUCUACCGCUCGCCCGAGGCCGAGGACCCGUACACGUCGCUCGCGAUCCACCCCGACGGCGUGCUCGUUGCCGUCGGCACCCCCGGGGGCACGAUCCAGGUGUUCGACGUGCGCACGGGCGCGCUCGCCGCGUCCCUCACGCCCGAGGGCGCCGCGCCGUUCACGGUCGGCUCGGUCUCGUUCUCCGAGAACGGGUACCACCUCGCCGCGCCGGACUCGCUGAGCUCGGUCGCGGUGUGGGACCUGCGGAAGCCGAAGGUGGCGAAGAGCAUCGCGCUCGGGGACGCGUUCAAGGUGAACCGGGUCCGGUACGACGUGAGCGCCAACCUGCUCGCCGUCGCAGGCGCGGAGGGCCUGCGCGUGUUCGCGCACAAGACGUGGGACGAGCUCGCCCGGUUCGAGGAGGGCGGCGAGGUCGUGGACGUCGCGUUCGGACCGAUGGGCAAAGAGAUCUGGGGCGUCACCGGCCGCGAAGUGCGCAUCUGGGGCGCUGCAGAGUGA